UCUCUCUCUCUCUCUCUCUCUCUCUCUCUCUCUCUCUCUCUCUCGCCUUCUAUUAUCAUUGUCACUUUCUUUUUCGAGUCAAACACAGAGACUUCAAAAAAUGGCGUCCUCUUACAGAGUAUACUAUUCGUUUCCUUUUCAUCUUCUUCUGUUUUUGUCUAGUCUUCUCUCUUCGUCUGCCGACCUCUCUUUCAACUUCUACGCCAAUUCUUGUCCUCUGGCUGAGUUUCUCGUCAGAAACACCGUUCGAUCAGCUACAUCAUCCGAUCCAACCAUCCCCGGAAAACUCCUCCGCCUCCUCUUCCACGACUGUUUCGUCCAGGGUUGUGAUGCGUCAGUGUUGAUACAAGGGAAUAGCACAGAGAGAAGCGAUCCCGGAAACGCCUCUCUUGGAGGAUUCUCAGUCAUAGAAAGAGCCAAGAAUGCCAUCGAGAUUCUAUGUCCGGCCACUGUUUCUUGCGCUGACAUAGUCGCACUUGCUGCUAGAGACGCCGUUGAAGCUGCAGGAGGACCGGUGGUUGAGAUUCCGACGGGGAGGAGAGACGGGAACAUAUCGAUGGCUGCAAAUGUAAGACCGAACAUAAUCGACACAGAUUUCAGUCUCGGUCAAAUGAUCGAUGCCUUCUCCUCUAAAGGCUUGUCUAUUCAAGAUCUCGUCGUUCUCUCUGGAGCACACACAAUUGGGGCUUCGCAUUGCAACGCAUUCGAUGGAAGAUUUAAACGAGACACAAAAGGAAACUUCGAGCUAAUUGACGCGUCUCUGGACAACACAUACGCAGAGACGCUAAUGAACAAAUGUUCUUCCUCAGAAGAAUCGUCGUCAUUGACGGUGAGCAACGAUCCAGAGACAUCUUCUACAUUCGACAAUCAGUACUAUAGGAACCUGGAGACGCACAAGGGUUUGUUUCAAACGGAUUCUGCGCUGAUGGAGGAUGAUCGAACGAGGAAGAUGGUGGAGGAGCUGGCGAGUGAUGGGGAAAGCUUUUUUCAGAGAUGGACUGAGUCGUUUGUGAAGCUGAGUAUGGUUGGUGUGAAAGUUGGUGAAAAUGGUGAUAUUAGACGUUCUUGUUCUUCCGUUAAUUAAAAACAUUUCUGCUUUACAUAUAGAUGUCUUUGAUGAGUGUUUUCAUGCAUAGUCAAAAGACAAAACUCAAAAUAAAACAAAACCAAACGUAGACGAGACUGUGAUUUUAAACA